AUGAUAGCAAAUAUAAUUACUUUGUUGGUUUCUUCCCUAUCAUUAACAUUCAUAGGUUUAUUGUACACAUAAAUAGUCACCUAUAAAUAACAAAAGGAUGUUGAAAUAUUAAUUGGUUUCUUGAAUAAGUUUAUAUCAUAAAAUUAUUAUAAUCCUUAGUCAUAUGAUAGAUAAUUCAAUUCGCUUCUUGUAUAACCAGAGAAUGAUUACUGCAUACGUUCAGAUACCUACAAAUAUUAUCAUCCUGAUUCCAUUAUGAUGGACACCUAUACAUUUAGAGAAUAUCCAGGUCUAAUAAAACAAGCACUUUAACAGCACUUUUUCGACGUAUUACCAAAUGUCACACUCCACAAAAGAAACAAAGAUUUACCUCAUAAAUAUAAAUUUCCCUUGUAAUUAACACUACCAUACGCUUAUUACGAUUAAUUACUAUUUACAUUUAAAGUAGGAUUAAGUUCAUUGUGUCUCUUUCAAAACUAUAACCAUUUACCUUAAAGAUCCUCUUUAUCCCAUAAAAAUUAGUUGAUGACCAAUUAGCUCAAUUAUUUAAAAGAUAUCAAAAAUAAAGGCCUCCAUAAGGAUUGCAUUGCCAAUGCCACUUUUAUGCCCAAAACCUACAGACUCUUUGAGGAGGCUGAAUGUAAGUAGUUUUUCUCUUACUUGAACUCAACCGAAUAUCAGAACAAAGUAAAAAAAGAAGGGCCUUAAUUUAUUGUUAAAAUGGGAUUAGAAGUCCAUAGAGGGAGAGGCAUAACAAUGUUGUUUCCUGAAGAAACUGAAUAGUUAAGGGAGAAAUUUCAGAAUGGAUAUGCUUGUGGAGAGAUUAAAACCUAUAAAUUAGCUUAAUAAUACAUAGGAAAUCCAUUCUUGUUUAAGGGACAUAAAAUAGAGUUUAGGGUUUAUUGGAUUGUGGUAUCUACUAAUCCCUUGAUUGCAUAUGCAUAUGAUAAAACACUCAUAAGAAGAUGUAUUUAUCCAUUCGAUAAAUUCUCAACACUCAAAGGAGCUCAUGUUUGUAACACAGCAAUUGUUAAGAAGACUUUGUAUUCGAUGUUGAAGGAAUCAGAAAAUGAUGAAAAUGAUGAGAAUGAUAACAAUGAUAAUGAUGAACUUAUUACAAAAUCUACAGAGAAAACUACAACAAAUACCUAAACAACAAAAACUACUGAUAGCACUAUUAAUUAGACCUAAAAUAAUAAUAAAUCUAUUCCUGAUGAAACCAAUUUGCAAGAUCUUUAUAUAGAUUGGAAACUUGAUUAUUUAUAGGAACUCUUGUUAAAAUAGGGUAAAAUAAAGAAUAGAAAGUGGUUAAAAUAAGAAUUGUUACCUUAAGUUGAUAGAAUGAUUAUUCAUGCAAUCAGAAGCACACAAUAGACUUUUGUCAAAGAUAGCAAAUUAGGAGAGUUCUUUGCUGCUGAUUUCCUCUUAACAGAUGACCUGAAACUUCAUAUAAUGGAAAUCAAUUACAACCCAUAGACUCUCAAGACUACUGAGGCACGAAUUAAGCAACAUACAAAAAUGGUUUAAGAUAUGGUAGAAAUAUCCAAUGCCUAUUUAAGAAGUAGAUAUAUAAGAUUUAGAAAGAUAAUUGAUAGUGUUUUAGAGAAGGUAUCAAAAGAGAAAUUAAAAAUAAAAGAACUGUUAGGUCAGAAAUUGGAGAAAGAGAUUAAUCAAGCAUAUUAUAGUAGGUUGGAACCAAACAUAAGUAUCAGUCCAAAAAAUCUGUUUAGAUUGAUUAUGGAUGAUGGUUUACCUGGCACAUCUAAAUACAAGGACCUCUUACAGGCGAAGUGUUUGAAAUGA